AUGUUCCCUGACAUUUCUGGGGGGAAUGGCCCUAGCCCUCACCCGCCGAUCCAACAGGUCCCAGACGUGCUCAACGGGAUUGAGAUCCGGGCUCUUUUAUCAAGAUGUACCAGUGUUUUUAAUGAUGUGGUCAAACUGUUUACCAAGUGGGGAGUACUGAAGGAAGCGUUGAACGUGUCGGUCAGGAGGGCGGAGAGGUUUGGGAUAUUUGUGUACUCGGUGCUGAUGCGAGGACGACCGUUCCCCCUCCGUGUGAUGAUAGAGGCGGGGGUGUUCUGCAGUCUGAACGGGUUCACACAGAGUCACUACCUGGUCCACUGUGCCCACUACCACCCCACAUGGACCUCUGACACACGCUUCCUCAUUGGUUCAACCCUGUUUCUCCUGGGAAUGGCUAUCAACGUCCACAGUGACUAUAUUCUACGGAACCUGAGACAGCCAGGAGAAGUCGUCUACAAGAUCCCUAAAGGGGGUCUGUUUCGAUACGUGUCUGGGGCCAACUACUUUGGUGAAAUUGUGGAGUGGUUUGGCUACGCCAUGGCAACCUGGUCGCUGACUACCUUCUCCUUCGCCUUCUGCAGUAUGUGCUUUGUUGGACGACGGGCAGUCCACCACCACAGGUACUACCGUGAGACAUUCCAUGACUACCCCAGGUCACGGAAAGCUCUGAUUCCAUUCAUCUUCUGAAGAACAGAUGAAGCUCCUGCAUUCCAACCAUAGGACUGGGAGACCCCAAACAAGCUCUUUAGAUCGGGCUUGCAUUCCAAACAGCAUCCUAUUCCCUAUAUGGUCCUCUGUUCAAACGUGGUGCAUUACUUUAUGUUGGGAAUAGUGUGCCUUUUGGGACAAAGUCCAGAUAUGAUCAGAUGACCUGCAGAUAGACAGUAUUUAUCUAGCUAGAUAUCUACAUAUAGACAUUACAUAUCUAGCUAGAUAUCUACAUAUAGACAGUAUAUAUCUAGCUAGAUAUCUACAUAUA